AUGGGCUCACCAAACGGCCAGGUCAUCAUUGGCGAUGUCCCCAAAGACAACAAUCAACUAGUUCUUUAUAUUAUCAGAGCGGAUGAAACCUCUUAUAUCAACUACAUCAAGCCUUUGAUCCUAGCCCAGGAGCUUGCCAUUCCUCAUGUAAUCUCCCUGGUCGAUACCACCUCGCAAUGGGCAUAUAAAAUCCACCCAGAACGCAUGGUACCCGCACUCCGGGAUGUGGAUCCGGAGUCUGGUGAGGCAUUUCAUGUGUUUGAGGGCACAGCGUGCUUGCAGUAUUUGGCCGAUCGCUUCGAUACCCACGGCGAGUGGGCUGGACGCACCACCGCCGAGAGAGGUGCUGUCUUCACUUGGGUCGCCUAUCAGACCGCAGGUAUAGGGGCUACUGCCAAAUACUGGCUCUACUUUCUACGAGGCUAUCCUACUCGCAAAAGUCCCAUCCAGCUGCCUCGUACCAUUGCCAAACUUCAUGAGAAUACGAUCAAGCAAUGGGAUAUUCUAGAGAAGCAAUUAGCAAAGGAAGGGCAACAGUAUAUUGCGCUUGCUGAUCGCCCAACACUGGCAGACUUGUCAUACUUCCCUUUUGCCAUGCCUUGGAUGUUUACCUUUCUCGGUGUUGACAUAAAGGACUGGCCUCAUAUCGAGGCUUGGGCGACCCGCAUGUUGGCACGUCCUGCCAUCCAGGAUGUCAUGAGUCGAGCGAAAACCUUCGGCCAUGGCAUGACCCCAGAACAAGCAAGAGAGCUCAAGGAGGCUAUCUAG